GUAGCUAGACACGAACGUACUCUCUUUGACACGAAGAAUCAAAUCGAUAUCUCGAUAGUUGUAAACCACUUUCAAGUUUUUUUCAACUGUAAUUCGUGAAUAAGAAGCGAUCAAUAUUUUUCGAUUUUCCGCUAUCAUUGAUAUAGAAAGCAAGUUAAAUAGAUCACAAUGGCGCAGCUUGUAAUGGCAAUAUACGAUGAAUACCGCAAUCUGAUGGACAACAAGAGCGAUCCCAGAGUCAACAACUGGUUCAUGAUGAGCAGUCCAUUUCCAACCUUAUUCAUUUGCUUAUUUUAUGCCUACUUCGUCAAAGUUUUGGGUCCUAAACUCAUGGAAAAUCGGAAACCUUUUGAUCUUAGGAAAAUUUUGCUAUUUUAUAAUUUAUUUCAAGUGAUAUUCUCCACAUGGCUAUUUAACGAGAGUUUGUUAGCAGGAUGGGGAGGUCAUUAUUCCUUCCGUUGUCAACCGGUAGAUUAUUCAGAUAAUCCAUUGGCAAUUCGAAUGGCAGAAGGUUGUUGGUGGUACUACAUCUCAAAAUUUACCGAAUUUUUGGAUACGAUAUUCUUCGUGUUGAGAAAGAAGAACAAUCAGAUCACGACUCUACACGUAAUCCAUCAUGGAUGCAUGCCGAUGUCUGUUUGGUUUGGCGUUAAGUUCAGUCCUGGCGGACACAGCUCGUUCUUCGGCUUCCUCAACACGUUCGUGCACAUCUGGAUGUACGCCUAUUACUUCUUAGCCGCUCUCGGACCAAAAGUGCAACGCUUCCUCUGGUGGAAGAAAUACCUGACCAGCAUGCAAAUGAUUCAAUUCAUCCUUGUGAUAAUCCACGCAUUCCAGCUUCUCUUCAUCGAAUGUAAUUACCCGAAAGCAUUCGUCUGGUGGAUCGGCAUGCACGCCGUUAUGUUCUACUUCUUGUUCCGUGAUUUCUAUAUCCAAGCGUAUAAGAAGAAGCACUCUUCCGCAUUAAAGAAGGAACUGAAAGCAGAGAAACAGAAGAAUGAGCAGAGUGGUAGUGUGAAGGAGAACGGCACGAUAUACGCCAACGAGUGCAAAAUGGCAACCGGAUACAUUUCCGAUAAUGGACUUAGGAACCGUGUGUUUAUCGACAAUCGCGGCUUCCAAAAGUAAAAAAUCGUGAAAAUAAUUACCUAUGCAUCGUAUUUCGUGAAUUCACAAAUGUAAAUUUGUAUCCAUAACGAUAUGAUGAUAGCCGGUCUAACCAAUAUAUAAAUUUUAAAGAGUAAAUUUUAAUGACGAUUCUAAAUCGUAGAUCUUGGGUUGCAAGAAGUUGAUUUGGAAAUUGAAGAAAAUGUCAAAUUUCAUCCCUUAAGAUUAAAAGAUUCAAGAUUUAAGAUCAAGUCAAAGCGCGAGACUAUAAUCAUGUUUACGAGGUGGCAAAUUAUUUGAUGACAAAGAGAUUAAUUAAUUGCUCAAACAGUUUCAACUCCUCAUGAGUAAUCUUGGAAUUAAAAAGUUAAAAAUUGUAAUUGUUUGAUGAAAGAAAGAUCAAAUGAAGACAAGAGCUCAAAUAAUUUCAAAUUGCCAUGAGUAAUUUUGAAAUUCCGAUUAUUUGAUGAUAAACAAGAUUAGUUGAUAAGAUACUCAAAUAAUUUCAAACCGAUUAUAAUUAAUAUCUAGAUUUAAAGAUCUGUUUCUUCUCUCAUUGUUUGAAUUUUAACACAAUAUUACUAAUUGAUUAAUUUGCUUUUUUAAGAUUUAAGACUUAGGAUCUAUUGUAGACCGACUGUGAUCAAAUUUAUCACAAUUUGAUACGAUGUCAAGGAUAUCACAUGAAUAUGACGCGUUCCUUUCUUUCUUUGAAUUUUUCGGCUUGUCUAUUGAUUAUUAUAUGAAAUAUAUUUAAGUGAAAUUCUUCACACGUUUUGUGUGCUUGCAGAUGUAUGUCUUUAUAUGAACAUGACUGUAUCGGUGAAUGUAUGAGAAUUAGAGUAAGGAAGAUGUGAGGAGGAGACGUGGCGGCAAUACACCGCUACAAACUUAACUCGUCGUCUAGUUAAGAUUACGAGAAUUGCCAAAAAAAUUUUUGUUUUCUUUUUAAGGCUUUUAUUAUGAAACUUGUAAAUUAUGUCAAUCGUGAUGAAGUUCAAAAAUUGCGUGCAACGAAACGAGUCAAAGAAAUCAAACUCGUUAACUUUUCUUCAAUUGUUCAUUCGAAAAAA